CUGGGGUUCCGAGGCUGUGCUCAAGGCUGCACCCUCUGGACAAGCCCACCCCGCCUGUGCCAAACUCUGCCACUUGGGCAAAUCACACAACCUCUGAGCCUCCGUGUCCUCACUGGCAAAGUGGGUUAUUGUGAGAACCAGGUAGAAGGAUUGGCGUCAGGGGCUUAGUGAGCACCUCGUGGGCAUUCAGGGCCGGGCACUGGAUGUCUCACUGCCUUGCGGUGGCAGGAGCUUCUCUGCGCUAGCCCACAGGCAGCUCUCGGAGGACCGAUGCCAGCCGAACGAUGACCAGUUGUGGCCAGCAGUCCUUGAACGUGCUCGCCGUGCUCUCGGUGCUGCUCUCGGCAGUCCUGUCCGCACAUUUCCGGGUCUGUGAGCCGUACACGGACCACAAAGGCCGCUACCACUUCGGCUUCCACUGCCCUCGGCUCUCGGACAACAAAACCUUCAUCCUCUGCUGUCACCAUAACAACACGGUCUUCAAAUACUGCUGCAACGAGACGGAAUUCCAGGCGGUGAUGCAGGCGAACCUCACGGCUGGCUCCGAGGGCUAUGCGCACAACAACUACACCGCCCUCUUGGGAGUGUGGAUCUACGGCUUUUUCGUGCUGAUGCUGCUGGUCCUGGAUCUUCUGUACUACUCGGCAAUGAACUACGACAUUUGCAAGGUUUACCUGGCGCGGUGGGGCAUCCAUGGACGGUGGAUGAAGCAGGACCCCCGGCGGUGGGGCAACCCUGCCCGGGCACCGCAGCCGCAGCCCCAGCCUCCCCCGGGCCCCCAGCCACAAGCGCCCCAGGCCAUGCACACGCUGCAGGGAGACACCCACAGCCCGCUGCUGCUGACCUUCCAGAGCUCGUCGGCCUGGUGAGUGGUCGCGGCGAGGCCCAGCCGCCCUGGGUCCCUUGUCUUUGAUGAGCUUACAACACACCUGACCAUGCUUAUUGCUGUGUUUGACUCGUUGGUCACUUGAUGUUUUGCUUAUCUUGUUUGCCAAGAAGGAUUUGAAGUUGUCCAUAGUAACCACCCAUGCUGGACAGGAAAGUUGAAGUGAGAGGUAGAAACAGAGCUUAGAUGCAAACUUUGCAAAUGUGUCGCAGUUAGAGGCUGGUGUGAGGGCUGCCACCACUAAGCAUUAAAUGGAGUUGUGGGUUUCCUGGCUGCCAAGGCAAAAGGG